UUGACUUGCUUGGGAAGCAAACUCUCCUCCUAGACAGCACAGAGAGAGGCCUUGGAGGUAGCUUCUGGCUUCUGUAUGUUGGGAUUGGGAAGCUCCUGUAUUUUUUGUCUUCUCUUGUACCAGUUUUGAUUUGGCCUCUUGAAGUGAGUGACUUGAAGGGAGUGACUCAAACCCACCCCUCCCUCUCUCUCUUUUAUAAGAUAAAAAGAUCAUCAUCAUCAUCGUUUGGGAUUGUAAGAAAGAUGAAGAAAAGAAGGUGUGCUUUCCUGGUGGCUGUUCUGCAGAUAAUGACCUGUCUUUCAGUAACAAGCAGGCCCUUGGGCUCACAUGAUGCUGCUCUUUCACAAGGCCAAAUUCCACAUUUCCCUCAAGCUGCCUGUGACUCAAAACAGGGGCUUGGAUGCAUUGAAGGAGAAGUCAGUAGGCUGGGGUCAAGCCCACCAAGCUGUCGGCACAAAUGUGAAGGCUGCAUUCCUUGUUAUCCCAUUCAAACACCCGCAACCACUGAUCAUAUAGGAGUUCAAUAUGCCAAUUACGUGCCUGAAGGGUGGAAAUGCAAGUGUGGCACUUCUUUCUUUAAUCCUUGAACAAAUGCAAAAGUUCAAAGGCGCGUGUGCAGAAAAUACUCGGCUUUUUUUUUUUUUUUUUUUCAGAAUGUGAAGCCGAGGAAAUGUAGUUUAGAGUUCUGAACUUUUUAAAUCUAUCUUUAUUCUCUGAUUGACUACA